GUAGCUCAACAUGUUGCACAACUGAGUGUCGUUUGGCACCAUCAGCUCAGUGCUCCCCUCACAAUCAACCCUGCUGCAAUACUACCUGUUCUUAUCAUCCGGCUGAUCACGUAUGUCUUCCAGGAGAUCCACUGCAGUGUAAAGCUUCUUCGUAUUGCACGGGAUAUUCGGGAGAAUGUCCGAAGCGCUCCAGCUAUUCCAAAUGGUUCUCCCUGCAUUGAAGAAGGAGAAUGUCACGAUGGAGUUUGUCUUCCAUAUUGUGAGCGUAAGAACAUCGCCAAGAAGAGCUGUAUAUGCGAAGAAGUCCACCUUUCUUGUCGCCGAUGCUGUCGUGAUGUUAACGGAACAGGUCUGUGUGAGCCUGAACUGGGAGCAGCUGAUCUAGUUGACGGGACAUGGUGCGCUCAGGGUUACUGUAGGAAGUCUAAAUGUGUGAACGAGGCGGCUGACUAUGUGACCAGACAUUUGAAUGUGCUCAGCGACCGAAGUCGGCCAAUUAUACAGUCAAAUAUCGUCGCCAUCAUAGUGCUUCUAUCGAUCGCGAUAUAUAUCCCGAUUGGAUGCUGUAUCAGAAGAGCCGAUGAUCAAGAGUUAGUGUCGUCGCGGCGAGCAGGACGAGUUCGAACCGUGGACGUGGCUCGUCCAGUGGAGCAAUAG